GUCCCUCCCUGCUACGCGCGCCAGUACGCCUGCCUGCGACUCCGCGACGCGUUGCAGCGCGCGCGCCGCACCAGUGCGACGCACCACAAGAGGCAGUCGACCCGCCGCCGCCAGCGCAGCGUAGCCGAGCGUAGAAUCGCAGCCAGUACAUGGUACCCUUGGAUCCUUUCAUGAAGAAAAGAUAGCAGCAUGGGUGUCUUCGACGACUUCUGCGGUGGGCCGUAUUGGAACAUCACCAGGACAUGGGGCUCCAACAACCCCGACUUCACGCCGUGCUUCGAGAAGACGGCCCUGGCAUGGACGCCGUGCCUGUUCAUGUGGCUCUUCUCGGCCCUCGAGGUGCACUACGUCCGCAGCAGCACCAACGGGGCCAUUCGUUGGAACUGGCUCAACGCCUCCAAGCUGGUCCUGACGCUCGCCGCCGCCGUGGUGUCCUUGGUGGACCUCGGGCACGCGGCGGCCGCCUCGGACAACGCGUUCCCCGUGGACUAUGUGACACCGAUUAUCAGGGUGGUGUCUUACGCCUGGGCCGCCUUCCUCCUGCACUGGAACCGCUCCAGGGGGCUGCGGACGUCCGGGCUGCUCACCCUCUUCUGGUUCCUGUCGACCGUCUUCACCAUCGCUGAGUUCCGCACCGAACUCAACGCGGAGAACUAUGAGCGCAAGGAUAGCGAGCGCGGCCAGAUCCCGUUCUACACGACCAUGGUGCUGUUCCCCGUGCUGCUCCUCAACUUCGUCCUGCACUGCUUCGUGGACAGGGAGCCGACGUCGUCGCCCUUCACCAAAGUGGAGGACCGCUGCCCCGAGUUCGACUCGUCGUUUGUCGCCAAGCUGUUCUUCCAGUGGUACGACAGGAUGGCCUGGCGGGGCUUCCGCGGCACGCUGGAGCAGAAGGACCUGUGGGAGCUGAACCCCAUGGACACGUCCAAGGGCGUGGUGCCGCUCUUCUUCAAGCACUGGGACAAGCAGAACAAGAAGGCCGAGUCGGAGGCGUUUCGGACGGGGAAGCCCAAGAAGAAAGUCUCCGUGCUGCCCGCGCUGUUCCGCUCCUUCGGCGGCCCCUUCAUCUUCGCCUCCGUCAUGGAGCUGACCGGGGACCUGCUCGUCUUCGUCAGCCCGCAGAUCCUCAAGCUGCUGAUGGCCUUCACCGCCAACCCGAUGGAGCCGGUGUGGAAGGGGCUGCUGUACGCCGCCGCCAUGCUCGUCACGGCCCUGGUGCAGUCGCUGCUGCUGUCGCAGUUCAACGUCCGCAUGAACAUCGUGGGCAUGAGGGUGCGCACCGCCCUGGUGUCCGCCAUUUACCGCAAGUCGCUGCGCAUGUCCAACGUGGCGCGCAAGGACAAGACCGUGGGGGAGAUCGUGACCCUCAUGUCGGUGGACGCACAGAGGUUCUUGGACCUGGGCGGGCUGCUGCCCAUGGUGUGGUCCUCGCCCAUCCAGAUCAUCCUGGCCCUGUACUUCCUGUGGGACUUGCUCGGCAUCGCCGUGCUGGCCGGGCUGGCCUCCAUGAUCCUGCUCAUCCCCAUCAACGGUUUCAUCGCCAACAAGAUGAAGUCCCUACAGAUGAACCAGAUGAAAAACAAGGACGAGCGCGCCAAGCUCAUGAACGAGAUCCUGAACGGCAUCAAGGUGCUCAAGCUGUACGCGUGGGAGCCGCCCUUCGGCGACAAGAUCAACCAGAUCCGCCUUCGGGAGAUGGACGUCCUCAUGAAGUCGGCGUACCUGCAGGCGGGCAUCUCCUUCGCCUUCACCGUGGCGCCCUUCCUGGUGACGCUGGUGUCCUUCGCGACGUACGUGUUGAUGGACGAGAACAACGUCCUGGACGCGCAGCGGGCCUUCGUGUCGCUGUCCCUCUUCAACAUCAUGCGCUUCCCGCUCGCCAUGCUGCCCAUGGUCAUCAUGAUCGUGGUGCAGGCCGCCGUGUCCAUCAAGCGAGUGGACGAAUUCAUGAACGCCGACGACCUGGACCCCAACAGUGUCACGCACGACCCCAAUGGAGGUUCUGAGGCGCCACUGACCGUGGAGAACGGGACCUUCGCGUGGGGGCCGGGCGAGCCGGCCAUCCUGUCGGACAUCAACCUGACCGUCGGCCGCGGCAGCCUGGUGGCCGUGGUGGGCACGGUGGGCGCCGGCAAGACCUCGCUGCUCUCCGCCCUGCUGGGCGAGAUGGAGAAGCAGUCAGGAAGCGUGCACUCGACGGGCUCUCUGGCGUACGUGCCCCAGCAGGCCUGGAUCCAGAACACCACGCUCAAGGGCAACAUCCUCUUCUCCAAGGAGUUCGACGCCCGGCGCUACAACAAGGUGAUCGAGGCCUGCGCCCUCAAGUCCGACCUCGCCAUGCUGGCGGCCGGCGACCAGACGGAGAUCGGCGAGAAGGGCAUCAACCUCAGUGGCGGCCAGAAGCAGCGCGUGUCCCUGGCCCGCGCCGUGUACAACGACGCCGACGUGUACCUGCUGGACGACCCGCUGAGCGCCGUGGACAGCCACGUCGGCAAGCACAUCUUCGAGCAGGUCAUCGGGCCGGGCGGGAUGCUCGCCAACAAGACCCGAGUCCUGGUGACGCACGGCAUCGCCUACCUGCCGCGCGUGGACCGCAUCGUGGUGCUCAAGGACGGCACCGUCAGCGAGGAGGGCACGUACCAGGAGCUCAUGCAGCGCAAGGGCGCCUUCGCCGAGUUCCUGGUGCAGCACCUGCAGGAGGCCGAGGAGAGCGACGACGUGGUGGAGGACCUGGAGGAGAUCAAGGCGCACCUGGAGAAGGCCGUCGGCAAGGAGGAGCUCAAGCGGCAGAUAUCCCAGGCGUCCAUCAUCAGCAGCGACGGCAUCCGGUCGCGCCGAGGCUCCUCGGGCAGCUCCAUCCGCCGUGGCGGGUCCGUGCGGUCGCAGCGGCGGUCGAGCACGACCAAGGAGGAGCUCCCCAAGGCCCCCGAGGUGGCCGGCGAGAAGCUGACGGACGUGGAGGUGAUGGAGGUCGGCAGCGUCAAGCUCAAGGUGUACGGCCACUACAUCCGCAGCAUCGGGCUGCUGCUGGCCGGCCUCACCAUCCUCUUCAACUUGAUCCUGCAGGCCUUCACCGUCGGCUCCAGCUUCUGGGUUAACGAUUGGACCGGCGACCCACUUAUGUCAAACGCUUCUGCUGAAGGCUUCGAUGCCAAGCGGAACAUGUACCUAGGGGUGUACGCCGGAUUCGGUAUAGGCCAAGCCGUGUUCAGCAUGACGAGUUCCUUCGUGUUCGCCACCGGCUGCAUCGCGUCCUCCAUGGACCUGCACAACCGCAUGUUCAACCGCAUCAUGAAGUGCCCCAUGUCCUUCUUCGACAUGACGCCCAUCGGCCGCAUCCUGAACCGCUUCACCAAGGACAUCGACAACGUCGACAACGUGCUGCCGCUGCAGAUCCGACAGUCCCUCAGCUUGUUCUUCUCGUGCGUGUCCACGAUCGUGGUCAUCUCGUACAGCACGCCGCUCUUCAUCAGCGUCAUCAUCCCUCUGGGCGUCAUCUACUUCAUCGUGCAGCGCUUCUACGUGUCCACGUCGCGCCAACUCAAGCGCCUGGACGCCGUGUCGCGCUCCCCCAUCUACUCGCACUUCAGCGAGACGCUCACAGGCUCCUCCUCCAUCCGCGCGUACGGCGCCGUGGACAGGUUCAUUACGGAGGCCGAGCACCGCCUCGACGUCAACCAGAAGUGCUACUUCCCGGUGGCCAUCGCCAACCGGUGGCUGGCGGUGCGCCUGGAGACGGUGGGCAACUCCAUCAUCUUCUUCGCGGCGCUCUUCGCCGUGCUCAGCCGCGACUCCGGGAUCGCCUCCGGCACGGUCGGCAUGUCCGUGAGCUACGCGCUGCAGAUCACGCUCGCGCUCAACUGGCUGGUGCGCUUCGCGUCUGAGGUGGAGAACAACAUCGUGUCCGUGGAGAGGAUCAAGGAGUACGAGGAGACGCCACAGGAAUCGCCGCACAUCGGCCACGAGGUGUCCGUGAGCGCCGCUUGGCCCGAGGAAGGCACCGUGGAGUUCAGCAAGUACGCCAUCCGCUACCGCGAGGGCCUCGACCUGGUCCUCAAGGGCGUCGACCUCAAGGUCAAGGCGGGAGAAAAGGUGGGCAUCGUGGGCCGCACCGGCGCGGGCAAGUCGUCGCUCACCCUGGGGCUGUUCCGCAUCGUGGAGGCCGCCGAGGGCCGCAUCCUGAUCGACGGCGUGGACAUCUCGCAAGUGGACCUGCACACGCUGCGCUCGCGCGUCACCAUCAUCCCGCAGGACCCCGUGCUGUUCACCGGCUCGCUGCGCCUCAACCUGGACCCCUACAACAAGUUCACGGACGACGAGGUGUGGCGCGCCCUCGAGCGCUCCCACCUCAAGGCCGUCGUCACGAGCUUCGCGGCCGGCCUCAACCACGAGAUGAGUGAGGGCGGCGAGAACCUCAGUGUCGGCCAGAGACAGCUGGUCUGCUUGGCGCGCGCCCUCCUCCGCAAGACGAAGGUCCUCCUGUUCGACGAGGCGACGGCGGCCGUCGACUUGGAGACCGACGACCUGAUCCAGAAAACGAUCAGGGAGGACUUCAAGGAGUGCACCAUCCUCACCAUCGCCCACAGACUCAACACCAUCAUGGACUCAGAUCGGGUCCUGGUCCUGGAACAAGGCCAAGUCGCAGAGUUCGACUCGCCGAAGAACCUUCUCCAGAACAAGACGUCCAUGUUCCACUCACUCGCCAAGGACGCGGGGCUGGUCUAGGCCGCCCACCCGGCCCAAGUGCGGACUAAUGUGACCGACCGAAGGACAUUGUGGACCUGUUGAUGUACGAAAGUGCCGGGCCGGGCCGGCCUGGACGAAAACCUCGCGGCAAGCGCGCCUCGCUUGGGCGGAACCUGUUUGCCGAAGAGUGGUGAUGGUGACAGUGACAGUGCGGUCGAGGUGACGUGACGAUGCGAAGCCUUACUCUCGACCCUUCCUACUGGCGGGCCUGGGAUAGAUGCAGAGGCACCAAGCUGGCCGUGAGCCGCCGAGUCCUGAACUACUGGUUAGUGACGUGGAAUUCCCUCGCUCUCUGGGUGCUUAUUUAAAAGCAACACAACACUCCGGAAUCUGCAUUGUUGUUUCCAAGUGGCGCGGUCGCUGGGCAACGGGAAUGUCUUUUCCGAACCACAGGAGCAAUGGGGUGGCUUAGUUUUGACAAAUUCAAGAGGCUGCGGACGAUCAUAAGGUGGAACGGUGGCCUAAGGCAAUCGCUCAUCAAGAUUUUGUAGUGAGUUCUGUCAUUUCUGUCAAGCCUCUAUGAGCCAGAAACAAACUGUUGAUGCAUAUUCCAUUGCAGUCAUGACGACUUGAAAAUUGGUUGCCUCGUGGGUACAGACCAAUUUGGGAAUAAAUACUAUGAAAACAACAA